AUGUACAAGACCAAGCUGACUCAAAUUUCCCGUGGCCGGGCUCGGACCCGGGCAUCCGGCCGGUUCCCGUCCCUCGCCGCCCCCGCCCCCGGCUCGGGGACCUUCCUUCCCUCGCCCCCGCCCCUUCCCCUCCCUCCGGCGGUUCCUCCCUCCCCACCGCAGCCCGCUCCCUCCCGGGCGCCACGGGAUGCGGGGGCCCCGCGGCCGCGCUCACCCGCUGCUGCCCCGCGAGGGCGCGGGCUGGGGCCAGCCCAGGUUGGCGCCCCGCUGGCCGGGCUCCCGCGAUCGCCCCUUUUGCUCGGUCUCCUCCACGCUCUUUCGGUCCAGCCGGAGGCUCGGGGCACCGCGGAGCGCGCUCCGCUCCCGAGCGCUCGGAAAGCUGCAGACCACGCCCCGCGUCUUCCCCGCCCGCCCUGGGCCGCCGAGUCCCGCGCUCGCCGCUCGGCGGCCAGUGUCGAGCCCGCCCGCCAGCGCCGGGGGCGGAGCAGCCCGCCUCCCCCCGCACGCCCCGCGGCAGCCGGGGGCUGGCAACUUUCUUUCCAUGUUUUGGAGCAUCAGAGAUGGUCUAAGUGGGAAGCUAACUCAGAAUACAGGUGCCAGUUUGAUUUUCCAGCAAAUCACUCACUGCCUUUGGACUCAGAAUGGCAGCACCGACCCCCACUCACCUGUUGUGCUGUCACAGUAUUACGAAGGCAGGCAAGGUCCUCAAUGAAAGCAAAAGAUCGACAGCCUACCUGAGAGACUUUGCCAGAUCCAAUUGUGGUAAACACAAAUUUUGCAAACUGAUAAAACUGAAAGCACAUCUGGGACUGGGUACACAAGCAUGCCGUGGCCUAUGUGACGACUACUGAAACGUGAGUACAUACUGCCAAGUUGUACCGGGCUGGACAAAAAAUGUGAUCUGAGGCAUUCGAGCGCGUUGGACACCCUCAUGCCAUGAAAGGAACUAAAUCCAUCACGCUUCAAGUCAGGCAGCAACUCCUCUGUCACAGCACAGGGUUUCUCUGAACUGGAGUUGUUUGUUGCAUUUCUGCAUCUGCACUAGAAAGGGAGUUCCUAGUCUUUAUCUCUGGAGAGCCUAAAGAAGAAAGGCAGUGGAUUUUAUCCUGGGAGCAAAUUCUACUCUUGUGCUUGGAUGCCAUGUUGAGAAGGAUUGUGGGGUCGCAUCAAGGUUUGGCAAGAAAGAAUACAAGAUGAUUAAUAAUUGAGUCUCCUUGUACGCAUAUAUGCAUAACCCAUGGACACUGACAAUAGGAUGCUGAAGGCCUGGGGGAGAGGGGCAGGCCGCAGCAGGUUAUUGGGGGGGAAAAAGAGGCAUGUGUAAUACUUUCAAUAAUAAAGAAUUAUUUUAAAAAAUUUUAAUACAUAAAUAAAUAUACUGAAGCCAAUUGAAAGAGUUUUCAACUGGCAAAAUCUAGGACAAUUUGAACAUCAAAUUAAUUAAUUACACUAACAGAUUUAAGUAAGCCAUUUAAUUAAAGAGAAAAUUAUGAAUUCAUACUGAUAUCAAGCUAUUAUUCUAUCAAUAAAAUUUGAUGAUGAAUAUAAUAAUAAUUGAGUCUCUGCCAUGGGCACAUGGUGGGGGGUAUUAAUAUUACUAUCAUGUACUUAUCAACCCUGUUGGUAAUAGGAGACAAUAAUAUUAAAUGAUUGGCUGGAUGAAUAAGUGAAGGUAAGAACAACACAAAGUAUCUUUACCCACAGAGGCAGAUAUAAUAUUAAUUUGAAAAAGGGUGAGACCAACCUUACUACUUGCCUCUAUUUCAUUAACGAUGUUAUUGUUAAGACAAAAGGAGAUUGGCUUAAAGCUAAACACUCCUUGUUAGGAUGCUAACUCUAAGUACCUCAAGGAACAAACGUUUGCUACAAUAUUGUUUUUACCACAUUAGGAGCACUUGUAUAAGCCAGGGAUGAAAAUAGCUGGCCAGGAAAACAGCAGCUCUGUUCCUUUGUCCAAGAGUCCAAUCACACCCUGUGAAGGCCUGAGCUCCUUAUCUCAUUCUGGUCUUGUUUCCUGCCAAACCUGAAAACUAACACAAAUAAAUGGCUAAUUGCUCCCUUGACCAAUGUAAUCUUUCUGACCAUUGUCCUGAUUCAAGUAGAAAGUUGUGUCCAACAACAUGCAAUUUGUGCACUGCCAAUAUAUGCAGUAGAUUGUCUCCUAAAAUACUGAACCAACAGAACAAGUUUCUGCCAAUUGAAUCAGAGUCCCACAUUCUAGAGUUUGAAGAAAAGUUAAAACAAAAGUCAUGAUUCAAUGUCAAGUGGUAAGCAUGGAGCC